AUGAGCGGCGCAUACUUUACCACCAACGGCACCUCCCUCUUCUACACCCUCGAGGGAGACGCUACCGCACCGCCAUUCUUCCUCGUCCAUGGCUGGACCUGCGAUCUGCUCGACUGGUCCUACCAAAUCCCGUUCCUCCUCAGCCUCGGUUUCCAAGUGCUCGCCCUCGACCUGCGCGGCCACGGCCGGUCCGCCGCGUACCCGUCGCCCACUGCGUUCCCGUUCUUCUACUCGCCCACCGUCUUUGCCGCCGACGCCUCGGCCCUGCUGUCCUACCUCAACUUCACGAAGCCCGCGCUCGUGGCAGGGCACUCGCUAGGCGGGCUCGUCGCUGCCAUCCUCGCCAUCGAGCACCCGGCGCAGGUGCGCGGGGCGGUGCUGGUCGACUCGGCGUAUUAUCUCACCGCGAACGAUACGGCAUCGCUGAAUGCAGACAUUCGGAACGACACGUCCAACGCACUGCAGACGAUCACGGCCUGGUUGGAGGCAGGGAUGGUGUACGACGAGCGGACACCGGAGUGGGAGAAGACGUGGCACAAGCUGCGGACGUGGGGCACGGAUCUGGAUGCCGUGGUUCAGACGGGGCUGGAGCUGAAUGGAUACAACGAUACGCUUGGGCGGUGGGAGAAUGCGGAGGGGUACUUGAGGGAGGGGUUUGGGGCGAAGAUGGGGGCGGAGAGGGUGCCGAGGCUGGCCGUCGUGGCGGAGGAGUAUAAGGUCGAUAUGGAGAAGGCGAUUGGGUUGGAUGAGGUGGGGGUGGGGGACAGAGUGAGCGUGCUUGCGGAGGGGCAUUGGUUGCACCAGCAAGGGGCUGAGCGGUUCAACGGGAUUGUGGAGAGCUGGCUCGGGGAUAAGGACUUUUUGCCAUGA